AGAAAUUGGCGGUAGUCGGCGAAGCAGCAGGCGAAGGGGGUCAGCAAAUUGCUAUAGCUGAUACAGCCAAUCUCCCAGAACUCUACAUAGCAGCAAUGGAAGGAAAUUGGGAAGAUGCUCGUCACCAAUUUCGUCACAAUCAAGAUGCAGAGACAGCAAAAAUCUCGACCCUUGGCAUGACAGCCCUUCAUGUGGCAGCAAGCUGUGGCCAGUCGGAGUUUGUGCAGAAGCUUGUGGAGCAGUUAGCUGAAAAGCAGCUUGAAGCCAGGGACCAACUUGGCCGAACUGCUCUUCAUCACGUGGCCUUAGCUGCAAAUGUGGACGCUGCCGAAGCAAUGGUGAACAAGAACAAAAAUUUGCCUUACCUUGGGGAUGUGAACAAUCAUACUCCCAUCUUCUAUGCUGCUAAAUGGCGAAAACCGUCAGAAAGCAAGAAAAUGGUGAAAUAUCUCUACCAAGUUAGUCAGGACGAAAAUUUGCCUCAUGAUCUUGAGGACAAAGAUCAUUGCAAUGCCUUCACGGAUGCUUCAGCUCCCGAUCUCAUUGUGGCAAUCACUGCUUCGGGGUCAUAUGAUACUGCUUUGUGUAUCCUUAAGAGAUAUCCGGAGUUAGCUCUUACAAAAAAUGACAAAGGAAAGUCCAUACUUCAUGUACUUGCAAUGAAGCCUAAAGCAUUCCGGAGUGGAAAUGAACUUUCUCCAUUGAUAUCCUGGAUCUAUGAUUUGGUAUCAGUUGACGACGAGGAAACAGAACACGAAGAUUCGACAAGUAAUGGUGCUAACAGCAAGAAUCGACGCUCAGCAGCUUCAUUCUUUAAAUAUAUGAGCAAGUUCAUUAAAGGAAUAAGAGAGAUCUCUGAAAUAAAGCAAAGCCAUGUGCGUGCAGUUAAACUUGUAAAGUUUGUAUGUAAUGAGUUGCGAGAGAAAGAGAAACAAAUGGACUUUGUUCAGGAUUUCUUCAUCCCUAAGGAUAGCGCUGCAAUUUUGCACUUAGCAGUGGAGCAUGGAGUAUUUGAACUGGUACGUGAGUGUCUAAAUGUUUUUCCUGAUCUGAUUUGGUAUGCGGACAAAGCCCCAAGAAGUGUGUCGUGGCACCAUGCUCAUUAUAAAAGCAGAGUAGAAGGGCGUUUGUUGUGGGGUGAUGCUACUCAGCAUGCAGACACAGCCUCCGCACAGUCGACUCCGCCUGGUACUAAAUAUACAGACACAACCUCUGGACAUUGGAAGUGGCAUGAGGGUCAAUAUGCCGACACAGCCACCGGCACCGGACGUUUGUUGUUGCAUGUAGCUAUUGAGCAUCGCCGAGUGGAGAUAUUUAAUUACUUGAUCAAUUACAUUGGAAAAAAUACUAAGGCGUAUGCGGAUUUAAUACUUGAAGGGAAUAACAAUGCCCUUCAUCUGGCAGCAAAAUUGGCUCCUACACCUCAACUCCAGUCUGUCCCAGGUCCUGCAUUUCAGAUGCAGCGAGAACUACAAUGGUUUAAGGCUGUGGAAGAAUUAGUUUAUGAUGAGUUAAAGACGGAUAAGAACUUAGACGACAAAACACCUCGAGAAGUACUCUUUGAUGCCCAUAAAGAUUUGCUAAGCAGUGCAAAGGAAUGGAUGAAGGACACAUCAAAUUCGUGCAUGGUGGUAGCUACUCUGGUCGCAACAGUUGCAUUUGCUGCUAUGAUCACCGUACCCGGUGGCAAUAAUAGUGACACAGGCGUCCCUAUUCUGGCCAGGAAAAAACUUUUCGUGGCAUUUUCCGUAUCUAACGCAUUGUCCAUGGUAUCCUCCGCUGUUUCUCUGCUCAUGUUCCUCUCAAUUCAAACAUCUAGAUAUACAGAAACGGAUUUUCUGGAUUUACUUCCCAAGAGUUUGCUUCGAGGUCUACUUUCCUUGUUCAUUGCUAUAGCCACAAUGAUGAUAUCUUUCGGUACAGCAAUUGGAUUGUCACUUCAGACGAGGCUCAACUGGAGUUACAUUCCCAUCACAAUCAUUGCUUGUGUCCCUGUUAUCAUUUUCACCUGGUUGCAGCUUCCUUUGCUCUGGCAAGCGAUCAUAGUCAAAUCUGGACCUGGCAUUUUUCAGGGACAAAGGGAUCGCAAGCUUUGGCGCAUCAAGAAAAUUGGCCGCAGUCUUUUGGCAUAUGACAGGGUAUGACCUCAUUCCACAAUUUGCUGCUAAUUAGUUCACCAUUAGAUGGCUUUACCAAGAGUUGUCUGCAUGAUCAAAUUGUAUUUCUUUUACUCUUUAAAUUUCAGUUUCACCUUGCGAGU